AGUUGGUGAAAAACAUAAGAAGAGAAGGAAAGUUUGAGUUUUGAGAAAAACAGAGAGAUAUCAAUGGAGAGAAUAAAUCAAACAUUCUUCUUGUCUCAUGGAUCUCCGACUUUGAGCAUAGACGAUACAUUGGAAGCGAGACAAUUCUUCAAAUCAUGGAGCCAAAAAGUUUUUCCACAGAAACCCAAAUCGAUCUUGGUCAUCUCUGCACAUUGGGACACCAAAUUCCCAUCUGUCAACACUGUUCUCCGCAAUUCCACCAUCCACGAUUUCUAUGGCUUCCCUGAUCCCAUGUACAAGCUGAAAUAUGAAGCACCAGGAGCUAUUGAAUUGGGAAAAAGGGUUAAAGAGUUGUUAAUGGGAGAAGGAGGAUUGAAGCGUGUUGAUGAAGAUAACAAGAGAGGGCUUGAUCAUGGAGCUUGGGUUCCUCUUAUGUUGAUGUAUCCAGAGGCUGAUAUACCGAUUUGUCAGCUCUCUGUUCAGUCAUCUCAGAGUGCGAGUUACCAUUACAACAUGGGCAAAGCAUUAGCUCCAUUGAAAGACGAAGGUGUUCUUAUCAUUGGCUCUGGAAGUGCUGUUCAUAACCUGAGGAAGCUUGACUUUAAUAUCACUAAUGGCUCAGCCGUUCCUUGGGCUUUGUCCUUUGAUCAUUGGCUUAGAGAUUCUCUCCUUCAAGGAAGAUAUGGAGAUGUGAAUGAGUGGGAAGAGAAAGCUCCAAAUGCGAAAAUGGCGCAUCCAUGGCCCGAGCAUUUUUACCCGUUACACGUUGCAAUGGGUGCAGCAGGUGAAAAUGCAAAGGCUGAGCAAAUCCACACGAGUUGGCAACUUGGGACCUUGUCUUAUUCUUCUUAUAGCUUCACUUCUUCUUCACAUUGAAACAAUGCAUCUCGAUCUCCUUUCACUUGCUGUGUUGUCUCUUCUUCUAUAAAGCUUUUGUUUGUGCAUCUCUCUGUAAUAAUCUAAAUCAUGUAUUGUAUACAAAAACGACUCCUCUCUGUACUAUUGUAUGAAUAUGCUAUGUGAAUUUGAAGCUUCUGCAGUUAAUAAUCUGCACCU